AUGGCGGUAUCACUCUUCGUCGCCGGACAUGAACUGUCGCUUUUGCAAUUAACGAGCGGAAUGAGGUUCGCGUAUCUUCUGAUGCUGGGGUCGGCUCUGGCGUACCCGCAGAACACAGUCAGUCCGGAUUUGCUCGUGGACGUCUUCGGCACACCACCAGGCGCCACAACCAAGGCGCCAGGACUCGAAGCCAUCACCGUUCGACCUACGGACGCAACGUCAACCUUCGUAGACAGCAACGGGGAGGAGUGCAAAUGUGUGCCCUACUACCUGUGCGAUAACGACGGGAAUGCAGUGGACGCGUACAACGAGACUGUCACCGGGGCGUUUAUCUUGGACAUCAGGUUCGGCGAGUGCCAGGAGAGCGUGGAGAAGUGCUGCAAGUAUCCCAAGCCGCCCGAGCAGCCGCCAGCGCCCGACGCGAAAAACCUGAAGGGCUGCGGCUAUAGGAACCGCAAGGGGAUCGAUUUCACAAUCACCGGCGGGGAGGGCGACGAGGCGCAGUUCGGCGAGUUCCCGUGGGUUGUGGCGCUUUUGGACAACGCGAAUUCGAGCUAUGCCGGUGUCGGGGUCCUAAUCCACCCGCAGGUGGUCAUGACCGGCGCCCACAUCGCCCACAAGUACGCGCCGGGCGGUCUGAAGGUCAGGGCGGGCGAGUGGGACACGCAGACAAACAAGGAGCGCUUGCAGGCGCAGGAGAGGAUUGUCCAGGACCAGUUCAUCCAUUCUGACUUCGACAGAAAAAGCCUCCGCAACGACCUCGCGCUGCUCCGCCUGAAGGAGCCCUUCGACCUGGCCGACCACAUAAACGUGAUCUGCCUCCCCGGCCAGGGCGAGAAGUUCGACGGCAGCAAGAACUGCGUCGCCAACGGAUGGGGCAAGAACAAGUUCGGUCUCAAAGGCCGGUACGCUGUGAUCUUGAAGCGCGUGGAGGUGGACAUGGUGGAGCACGGGAGGUGCCACGAGCUCCUCAAGGCCACGAGACUCGGUCGCCACUUCAGGCUGCACUCUAGCUUCGUGUGCGCCGGCGGCGAGGAGGGCAAAGACACGUGUCAGGGUGACGGCGGGGCUCCGCUGGCGUGCCCGAUCGGCGGGGACCGGUACAAGCUGUCAGGCCUGGUGGCGUGGGGCGUUGGGUGUGGGGAGAAGGACGUGCCGGCAGUCUACGCGAACGUCGCCCUCUUCCGGGGGCUGGUCGACGCCAAGAUGGCGGAGUGGGGCUUCGACACCAACGGUUACAGGCUA